AUUUUUGUAGAUUUAGUCUUUAGUGUUUGCUGGCUGGUUCGGGUUUAACAUCACUCAGCUUGGAAUAUAAUACAACCAUAACCCAGUCAAACUUUUGUGUCGCCUUCACGGCUGAAUCAUUUUAAAAUCGACUUCUUUUGUAUACACGAAAAAACAAAAAUUUAAAUAUUAUUUCGAGUUUUUUAUAAAAAAAAAUUAGUUCGUUUGAAAAAGAGCAAACAAAAAAAUAAUAAAAUAUGGCAGUGAUUGGAAUGGUGUCUGCCGUUUCCGGCUUCGUUAAAAUUAGAUAUCUUUUAGAUCGAGCUAUCAUAGAUAACAUGGUAUUUCGAUGCCAUUAUAGAAUAACAACAGCAGUACUUUUUGUUUGUUGCAUCAUUGUUACUGCUAAUAAUUUGAUUGGUGAACCAAUUACAUGUAUUAAUGAUGGCGCAAUCCCCAUUCAUGUAAUCAAUACAUUUUGUUGGAUAACAUACACAUUUACUAUACCGGGUCAACAGCAUAGACAAAUCGGUACCGAUGUAGCUAAUCACGGAUUGGGAAAUGAAUUUGGCGAAGAGAAAAGAUACCACAGCUACUAUCAAUGGGUUCCAUUUGUUUUAUUCUUCCAAGGACUAAUGUUUUAUGUACCACAUUGGAUAUGGAAGAAUCUUGAAGAUGGUAAAAUGCGUAUGAUUACCGAAGGACUUCGUGGAAUGGUCACUAUACCAGAAGACUAUCGCAAAGAACGACAAAAUCGAAUUGUGCAAUAUUUUAUUGACAGCCUUAAUAGCCACAAUGGAUAUUCUUUUGGAUACUUUUUCUGUGAAUGUUUGAAUUUUCUCAAUGUCGUGUUAAACAUAUUUAUGGUGGAUAAGUUCCUUGGAGGUGCAUUCAUGACUUAUGGCACAGAAGUUUUAAAGUUUUCGAAUAUGAAUCAAGAACAACGUUAUGACCCGAUGAUUGAAAUAUUUCCAAGAUUGACUAAAUGUACAUUCCAUAAGUUUGGUCCAGGUGGAUCACCACAGAGACACGACACUCUGUGUGUUUUGGCUUUGAAUAUUUUGAAUGAGAAAAUUUACAUAUUUUUGUGGUUCUGGUUUAUCAUCCUUUCAGUAAUCUCUGCAGCAGCUUUACUCUACUCAUUUGUCUUAAUUUCAAUGCCAACAACUCGCGAAACAGUCUUGAAACGUAGAUAUCGUGAUGGAACUGGCAAAGAAAUUGAAGGAUUAGUUCGCAGUAUCGAUAUUGGAGACUUUUUAAUUUUGCACUUUUUGGGACAAAAUUUAAAUACAAAAUCCUACACUGAUAUGUUGCAAGAUUUAUGCAGCAAAAUUGAUUGUAAUAGAACUCCAUCAGCUCCAUCUACAUUGGAAAUGCAUCCAAUUUAUCCACAAGUAGACAAAUUCCACAAGGAAACUGAAACAUAAAUCAUGAAUGAGUAAAACAAUUCCAUAACACAUUUUUAAUUGAUAAGUUAAAUAAAAUAUCAUAUUUUUGCAUUAAGUAACGAAAUUUUAACGAAAAAAAAUAAAUUAAUUAAAAGUAAAGAAGAAGACUGUUUUGGACGACUUGAAAAAUGCCAUUAUAAUUACGAGUAUAUGUAACUAUCAGCAUAGGAUAGAAAUACUUAUACAUAAUCCCUUGUGUCAAUGUUAAUUAAAAAAUAACUAUGCAUUUAAUUUGGAGAACACUAUGAUCAAUAAUAAUUAUAUUAGCUUAAACUAUAAGUAAAUUUUAUAAAAUAAUGAUUUAAGCAAAAAAUCAUGCAAUAUUAUAAAAAAAUCAAAUACGCACAUGAAACUA